CUCCAGGGGGGGGGGAGGCGGGCGCGCGGCGGCGUGCCCCACAUGGCCGCGCGCGCAGGCCGGGGCGCGCCUCGGCGAUGCCGCACGAGUGCAAUAUCUGCCUCGCGCAGGCCCGGGAGCCCGUGGUGGCGCGGUGCGGCCACCUCUUCUGCUGGGCCUGCCUGCACCGCUGGCUGGACGCGCCGGCCGAGGGCGCGGGCGCCGCCGCCGAGGGGCUCGCGGCCGCCGAGGGCGCGGCGGCGCCGGAGGAGACCACGCCCCUGCGGUUCCGCGGCGCGCCGGGCGCGAGGGGCCAGGACGGCCGCGCGCGGCGCGGUGCCUCGCCGGAGCGGGAGGACAGGCGGCGCUGGUGCCCAGUGUGCAAGGUCGCCGUCAGCCGCCAAACCGUGGUGCCCACUCCCCCCUCCGCCCCGUCUACACCCGCGGGGACGCCCCCGCCCCUGGCGCGGGCGGCGACGCGGCCGCCGCGGACGGCGCGGAGCGCUCCAGCGCGGCGGGCGGCGUGGAGCAGUCCAGUCGUGCCGGCGCGGCCGGCGGGCGAGCGCCCGACGCCGGAGGCGGCGGCCGCCGCUGCCAUGCUGGCGUUCGCGGCGGGGGCGGUGCAGGAGUCGCGGACCUUCGGCGCGUCCGACGGCUACUUCCCGGUUCUCUUCGGCCUGAACUGUCAGGGGUCCGUCCUGUCGGAGGACCUGCCCCCGGAGUCGCGGACCCUGGCGCGGCUGCUGAUCGGCUUGGCGCUCGUGAUCUCGCUGGUUGUCUUCAUGCUGUGAGCUGGAGGUGGGCCGCACAGUCGUGCGGGUGCUCCCCCCAUCGCAGAAGAGCCUCAAAAGGUGAUGAGCAGAAGCCGUCGGAGGUCCGCUCGAUUCUCUCGGGUCGGCGCUGAAGGUCCUCGUCGGCGCCAGGGAAAAGGUGCGGGGAGGGGGUCCAGAGCCGACCCAGGAACUCCGCGCGGACCUCGGACAGUUUCUACCUGCGCGGUACUUCGGUCCUUGUCGGCGUCGUCGUCGUCGUUGUCGCCGUUGUGGUGGUCGUCGCCGUGGUCGUCGCCGUCGUUGUUGUUGUCUCCGUCGUCGUCGCCGUUGUCGUCGUUCUCAUCGUCGUCGUCGUCGUCGACAUGUCAGGACAACGGCGUCGACGACGUCGCCAUGCGUCGC